GUCUUGCUCAGCUUUCUCAUUUCUUUUAAAGAUCGAGAUUUGCAGAACUGGAUCCCAGCUAGCUAUGCAUUUCAUUGCUUUCACUGCUGUUUAGAAAUGGACUGAAAGACUUCUAAGGGAUUUCGUAUUCCAUGAAAGGAAACAUUCAGGGAAGAAAGAGAAAAAGCAGAGCUAUCUUCUUGCUGUUAAACAGACUGUAACCAUGGACCUGCGUAAGCAACUGGAGAAUACUGAGAGGAACUGGAAUAAAGAGAAGAUGGAAUUGCUGGAAAGAUUUGACAAUGAACGGAAAGAAUGGGAAUGUCAAUGGAAGGGUAUGCAGAAGAAAAUAGAAGAGCUUUACCAGGAGGUAAAACUUAGAAGGGAGAGCAAUAUGAACGUCCAUGAUAAUAAUACGAUUCAGAGCAAGAUGCUGCAGCUGUCCUUGCAUUCCCCUACUUCGGAAGAGAGUGACACAGUGGAGCUGAACUAUCAACACAAUGUUGCAAAUGACAGGAUGGAAAAGGGAAGUUUGCUCAGUAAAACAGGACACGAGUGUAAAGAAACCAAAGCCAAGAGCAGAAACAGUACUCUGUUAAUGGACAAUCUGGCUUUUGAGAAUUCUCACGAACCUGAAGACAGCCUCAGCAUCAAAACUUCCAAGAAAAAUGCCAAGAAUUAUAUUGGUGAUCUUAAUGUAGCUCUCAAAGAACUUGCCAGAGUCAGUGAAGAAUUAUGCAGCUAUCAAGAGGAAAUCCGAAGGAAGUCAAACCACAGAAGAAUGAAGUCACUUCCUUUCCUGGGGGAAUUUGAGAAAACCCAAAGUACAGUUAUUCUGCCUGAGAUGAACCAUGUGUCCAGCAAUGAAUCACAGACUUCAGUUGCUUUUGAAACAGAGGAACAUAAUAAUAGGAAGAAUCUGAUGAGCUCCACAAAGGCUUUGAAGGAUAUGUCUUAUGGUGGUCUUACUGGUGAUAAAGAAACAGGCUUCAGAUCUUGGCAAAAAAAAGAAGCUCCACCAGUUCCUCCACGGAGCACUUCUCGGCACCUCACAAACUCACUUUCUGCAGUUGUACAGCUUUCUGAAGUGUCAAUGAGAGAUACAGGCAUCAAAAGCAAUUGCAAGACUCAGGACUGUAGGAGUGGAGGAAAACUGAUGAAUCCUUCACCUAUAAACCAGAAUGACACCGCAGCAGCCUUUGCAACUGAAGGGCAGGCUGUGAAAGGUCCCGUGAUAGCAACUGCUGCAAUACCUGUAACCAAAAAUGAGUGCAAUGUGCCAACAAGUUUCUGCCACAACACAUGGGCAUAUGAUGUGGGCAAACUUGGAAAAGACAAUAGAAGUGAACCUUCCCCACUGUCAGCCCAAAAGAGUUGUUCAGAUGGAAAUAUGGCCCAAAGCAACAGGAAGCACCAGAAACAAAAUCCCAGGUCUCAGAGCAGCCCUUAUGACAGUAAUGGCUUUUAUGCCCCUGCUACCCUGCACAAUGAUCUUUUGGAAGACUCUAGGUAUACUUCAGGAAAGACUCAAAGAAAUGAAACUUUAGCAGCAAAGAUUGAUGAGUUUAACCGGACAGUAUUUCACACAGACAAAUGUAACAAUGCUUUGCAAGCAAACCAGGUGCCUCAAGCAGCAUCAGAAGAUCACAAACCCUGCAACCCACUGCGUGUCUCUGCUAUUAGCAGGACAGAAACUCUAAAUACGUCUUGUGUUUCAAAUCCCAAAUUCUCUGCAACAAAGGAGCAAGAGACUGGCAACCCUAGCAAAGCUGUCAGAACGUCAGGGCAACAAAAGCAAAUGGAUGGACUUCCAAAUACUAGUGGUUAUAGGCACAUGCUUCACGAGCAUGACUGGAGACCAAGUAAUUUAUCUGGUCGCCCGCGUUCAGCUGACUCAAGGUCAAACUAUGGAGUUGUUGAAAAGCUUUUGAAAAACUAUGAAAAAUCAACAGUGACUUCUCCGUGUAGUGCAAAAUGCUGCAAAGAGCAGUGGACACGGGCAAAUUCUGAAUUCACCAGUGGGGAUUGUGAGACAUUGAGUCAGUAUUUAGAAAUGCUCCAGAUUGAGCAAGGAAAGCAAGAAUUUCCGAGGAAUUCAGCCAGGCAUAUUGGGCAGCAAGUCAAGCAAGGAAAAGAGAGGCAGAAGUUACGAGAGAUCUCUGUGCCAGCUAAGUGUUCAAGCGGGAAGGGUUUUUCCCGGCCUGCUCGGCCAGCAAAUCGACGCUUACCUUCCAGAUGGGCAUCCAGAUCACCAUCAGCACCACCUGCUGUGAGAAGAACGACAUAUAACUGCUCUAUCUCUUUUCGGUCAGAGACCUCAGUAGUCUGAACACAGAGCGGGGUUGGAUGGUGUUGUGAAAGCUCUACACCUCAUUGUAACUGGUAACUGUGUUCAGUAUGUUAUAGCAACCAGCUCUACACUGUUGUAUCUUGUCCAAGAACAGCCCCUACCACAUGCCGGACAAAGCGUUUUGAAUCUUAGAUCACCAUCACCAUGGUCUUCAGUGUUUUUAUUGAGACAAAAUAACUAUAGCCCUGGUUUUCCUUUUUUUUUUUUUUUUUUUGUUGUUUGUUUGUUUGUUUUUGUAAUAGCUCACAAGGAAUUUCUUUUAAAUAGCAUCUUCCUUAAUUUGCCAAUCAGUUUUGAGUUGAAACAAUGUAUAGUGCUGUAUAUUCUGACUCUUCUGCAAACAGUAGAACGUAAAGCUGUAUGCAUGAUCAUGUGUUUGUAGGUGCAUGUGUCGGACUAGGAAGUAUACAGGUCUGUAUUUAGAAGAGAUAAACUGUGCUAGUGUUGACAUUGAAAUUACAACCUAUAUGCCUACAUAUAUAUACUUUGUGUUUAUUUUAAAAAAGUUUGAAAUAUACAGUCCUGAUGACAUUUAUAUUUUGUAUAUCUUUUACAUAGGCUCACAGGUGUGGUAUUUAAUGUACAAAACCUAAAUAUGCAUUUUUGUGAUUGAUUGCAGCGAUAAUGCCUUGCACAAUAUGUAUCUGAAGCAGACUAGCUUGACUAAUAUGUCAGUCAUGCUUCAUGGCAUCCUCGUUCAGUUUCCUAACCCUUAUGAUGCUAGGUCAAAAUACCCAAACAUAUUUUUUCUGAAUUAAAAUAAUAUAUAAUUUGUAAUACAUUAGUCUUUUUCAGCACCAGAGACAUUUCUGAAGUUCCAGUCCCUUUAAAAAGCUUAAAUGUGCCAUUAUAUAUAUAGCAUACUGUAAACACUUCGGUAGUUUCAACUAGUGUAACAUACAAUUAAGGAAGGGAAGAAAAGGGUUGUAUAUGCUCAAUUCUGUGAAACUUAUUUUUCCUUCUAGCAUUAUACUUUGAGGUUUGGCAAAGUCAGAUAGCAAUGCACUUGUUUACCUCCAUCAAAGCAGGAGAACAAGGACCGUUGUUCCCAGUGCUGCGGCCACACUCCUUUUUUUACUCUUCUGCUAGACUAGAGUGCCUGAGCCACUUGCUAAUUUACUGCUCCCAGGCUGACUCGUGGCAGUCAGUUACAAAGUUCACUUGCACUCUGGCAACAAGCUGCGCCUAGUAUGGAAAUACUGCAUCGAGGUAUGAUCACAAUGGUGCCCAAAAUCCUAGACACAUGGAGUUGGAAGUUAUGUUUUUGCCAUCAUUUGACUUUGUAUUAUAGGCCAUCUGAAUGAUGAGCACAUAGCCUGGCUUGUUCCUUCCCUGGCUUGUGAAAGAAAUAUGGAUGCUACCCAGACUCUUGCUGAACUUUUCAGAAAGACAGUGUCCCUCAUCCUCGAUUUUUUUCCCUAGGCUGUUGCUGGAUGCACUGUGUGGUAAUGAUGAUAAAUGUUACCUUUAAACAGCAUGUCUAGGUUAAAAGGAGUAAAGAGGCACUUCAUCAUCAGCCUGAUCUUCUCUUGCAACUUUUCUUCUUCUCCUGGGGAAACAUACUGUGUUGAAAGGAAUUUAAAAAAUCACCCCAGGAUCCAUUUAUGUGCACAUCUUAUGUGACUGUAAAAAGGAUUUCAGAGAGAGUGUAGGCUUUUGUCCUAGUGAAUUGUAUAUGUGGCAAUAUAGGGAAAAUUAACUGUGUUCAACCUGAUAGUAAUCUAUUGUCCUACUCCAGUCAUGUUGAGAUUCCACACCUUUUUCCUUCCUUUUAGGGCCUUAUUCUUCUUUCCUCUGUACAACUUUGAUUUUACAGAGAGAGAAAACAGGAGGCCAUGUGUUCUGAGCAAUAUAACCUGUAUGGUAGCAAUGGUAACUCUUCAGGCAUGCCAAUAUGGGAGUGAGCAGGCAUUAGAUCCAUAAAUCCCACCAUCAUGCCGCUGAGGCUGCCUGCAGGGGAAAAUCAUGCUCAGAGUAGUUUUCCCAGUUUAGGUUCUGGUGCUUUCUAGGUGUGAGUGGUGGGAAUAUCCCACAACAAUAUAUGAAGGCUUCAAACAGAUCAACAAUUCAUCAUUUUUUUCUCAGGCAUUAUUGCAAAGUUAUUAAUGGAAAAGAUGCAAGGACAGAAAAUCUUGAAGAAAAUUUAUACAGUUUGGAUAGAGGCAAAAAUCUGUGUGCCUGAGUGAAAACCCAAGAGUACUAUAAAUUUUCCAGUUUGCCCUAAUUUAUAGAUUGCACUCCAUUAACUUCCUUAGAACUAGAAAGAAUAAAGAUGAUUCACAGUGAAUUUGGAACAUGGCUUAAGAUUGUAGAUAACUGAAAAUCACCAAACCAAAAUGCCUUGGAAAUUAACUUUUAAAUGCCUAAGUAGCUGAGCAUCUUUAAAUGCCAAAGGCUGAUGAAAGGGUAAUACGACAGAAUUGUAAAACAAUAUGGUUCUUAAUUUCAGUCAUAGUUGACUGCAAUAAAACUUCUUUAAACUACCUUCAUGGUAAAGCUAAGCAGUUUUGUUCUGAAAAAUGGUGGUGCACUUAUAUUUGAAGUAUGCAACUAUGAAAGCAUUUCCCUUGAUUAGUCAGUGAAGGUGUUUCUUUAGUUCCCUUGAGUUUAUCACCUUUGACAUAUAUCACAUUGUUGAAUACCAGAGAAAGGAUCAAAGAUCUACAACAUUCCCUGAUGUAUGUAAGUUUAAUGAACAGGUUUUUGAAAUAAACUAAUAGGUCAAGGACAAGUCCAUUUUGUCAAGAUUUUGUGUGUCCAUCUAAUUACAAGUAUUGGUUCUGAUGCCCAUAAGUAUCAAGACUGGUGAUUUUGGUCUGCAGGCACCUAGUUGGACAUACUAGUGUUAGAAAAUUGCCACCAGUACUGCUUAAAUGUUUUCUUCAACUGUACCUGUAAAAGAGCUAGUGCACUGUUGGUUUUUUUUUAGUUCCCAGAACUGUGAUUGCUAAACCAUAACAAUGGCUUAAUUGCACUUAUUUGCUACAGGGGGAAGAGCUCCUUUGGACUUUCAGGUUCCCCCAUGUUAUAUCUGACAAGGGAAUGUAGUUACCUUAGAAGCUCUGAAGCAAGAGGCAUACACACUCUCAUGCAAGAACCACAAAUGACCUAAGUAUAACUUGACCUUUCUACCAAUCCUAGUGUCACCUACAGAAGCAGUGAGUUUUGUAAGCCUGUUUUUUUAAACAGGUUUUUAAUAUUAUUCCUUCAUAUGCUGUCUAAAGUUUUAAUGCAGUUAUAGGUUCUUCUUCCCUCUGCUCUGAACAAGUCUAAGGUUUAGACUUGUUCUCUUUUUUGCAUGUUUAUGAGCUUUAGUACUGAAAUAAAUGCAGAAAUCCCUGCACACAGCCAGCUGCCCAUUGAAAUGGGGAUGUCAGUAGGAAUCAGCUGCCUGGUAUUUAGUUGAAAGGAAGCAUCAUUCUCCCUCAUGCUGGGAAACGGAGCCAUAAUCUUUUGCUGAAACACUUCUAGGGGGGAUUGUGGCACGGUAGAAACACACAGAGAGGAGUCAGUUAGACCUUAUCUACAUAUGCAGCAUAGGCCACGUGAAGGCUAGAAAGCUGGCCUGACUCUGAUUCUCUCUAAAGACAGAGGGAGUAGAAGAAAAAAAUUUCCUUUAAACCCUCUGGAUAUCAUUCCUCAAACUCAGAGUAGAUUUCCAAUAAAUACACUUUCCGCUUUCCAGUGUAAGUAAUAGACUCCUUAUGUAUCAUUAAAGUGUUGCUGAAGGGAUGAACUUUGAUUGUUUUCCAGCAACAACAAUUAUCUUUCACUAUUAUAUGUACUGUAAGGGAGCUAGCUGUUAUAUGUAGCCAAGAACUGGCAACCAAUAUAACAUAAUUUCCCAAAGCAUCAAUUUAUUUCUCCUGUUCUCUAUAAAAAAAAUUAUUUCUGUAAAUAGGGAUGUUUUCAUCCAGAUGGCUUCAACAGCAUUUUAGCAGAGAACUACAGCAACACAACAGGCAGGCCUUUUCCCUUAGAGUUUUGUUAUAUUUGGACCAAGUCUAAAUUUUCUAGCAGGCAAGAACCUACACAGUUCUCACAGUGCUGCCAUGAAAAGAAUUUCUCUGGCUUUGAAAUCUGUAAUGUACAACUCUAGCCAUUAUACUGCUGAUAUUCCCUAUUGGACUAAUCCGUAAUGGUGUCUUUGGUUGUGUACAUCCCUUUAAACUGUAAGGCAAAGUGCAUUUGUUCUAAAUGCACUAAAUCAAAGUCCCUUGUUGCCUCUGGCCUUUCCACCCUUCCUCAGUUCCCAAUGGGUGUAUAUUUUUAUAUGGUUUAUGGCCAUUGGUGUCUGUGACCUAUGACAUGCCAUCUCAUAGGACUUUCUACCCAUACCACAGUCAAAAUACUUUUUGGAUAGCCUAUUCUAAAAAAAAGCUGAUAUUACUGUUACCGUUCAUAAAUAUAUUAGAUCUUGAUCUAUUGUUUUGCAUCACUGAAAGUGUGCUUUCUUCAUUAGCUGUUAGUGGCAUAGAUUAUACAAAAUGUGCUCAUUUUUUGAAAUGAAGAUUAAUCUGCAUUAGAGGUUUGCUUAUACCCCUCUCCCUCACACCUUUUCUGUUUUGCAAAGUACUUGCAUCAGCAGAAAUGUGUUUCUGAUGCAUAUGAUUAAUCCAUUCCUGUGUGGCUAUGGGAUCUCAUACCUCAGGGUGCCUUGCUCUAAAAAGAAUUGUAUCAGAAUUUCCAUGGAAUAAGAGAAAUCAAACCUGCAAUAUGAUCAAAGUGAAAGUGUGCGAAUAAAAAUCAGAAAGAAAAGAAGAAUCAGAGGAGGAUGCAACACU